CCUCGUGGAAAGUCGAAAGCUCGAAUCGCUCGCGAUAGAUAAUCGACUCGAAAAGUCGAAAGAGUGAGGAGAAUUCACGCAACGAACGGACGAAAUCCAAACCGACGCUAUUAAACGUGUGUCGGUGAGCGUCCCGACGUCGAAACGCGUCAAGUGGCGGUCGUGUAAGACAAAGUCAAAAGUGGAGGUCAAAAUGCCGGCCUCUCAGUGAAAAAAAAAUAAAAAAAAAACAAUAUCCGGAAACGAAAAUGAGGCGGAAAAACCGAGACGCGGAGUGGAGCGAAUUCCCGUGGCUGAUUUAUCACUCCUAGACUACUUUGGGGAAUUUCGAUAUCACUCGUCUAUUUUGCAGUACGCGUACGACGGGCCUUAGGGAGAUUAUAAAUCUUAUCGUUUUAAUUUCAUUUGGGAAAAAUUCCAAAUCGAGGAAAGGUUAUUUUAAUCACCUACACCCUCCUCUGAUUUCGUUUAGUUUAUUAUUAACGGAUGGGAAAUAUUAUUUACAUUGUAUAGACGGGGGAAUAAUCGUUGAGUUGGUGGGAGAGUUUGCACUUUUAUUGCACAUUUUUCUUUGUCACUUCAAUUCCGUUUUGGGAAGGAAUAGAUAUUUGUUAAUGCCUCUUGGAAGAUUAUACGCGACGAUAUGUGACGCUGGAAGGAAUGGCUUUAACCCUUUGGACACGGAGCCAUUUCGACAUAUGGGCGAGAUUCGCAUGACCGUGCGGGCAAUAUUCGACCAAACGUCGGACGCCUUUAGGCGCUCUUAGUUACCAGAGGGUUAAUCUAAAGUGACUUACGGGAAAGUUGGACAAGUUCCGCGGGUGAUUCGCCGGGAUUACUUUGAAUGUAAAGGGCUGUAGGAAGUUCUGGAGAAUCCCGAGGGUUUUAAAAGGGGGUGAUCGAAGAAUGUGAGUAAAUGGCCGUGAAAAGAUCUCGCCGCUCGUCGAACGACCUACUAUGGGCAUUUGCCUGGACACUGAGCAACAAGAUGGAUCGCAGGUAUACGACGACGGGGAUGCUCGAAGUGCGGGAAAAUGGCGAGGAGAAGCAGGACUUUUGGCAACGCCACCAGAAGGAAAUUUCCCGAUGCAAAACGUCGGCCCGGUCAAAUUUGAAACGCCAAAGGUUCCCGUCAUUUUCGUACUUGGGGGUCCUGGCAGCGGAAAGGUGACCCAUUGUGAUACAUUAACGCAAGAAACAAAAGGAAUCACGCAUAUCAACAUGACGGAUCUUCUUCAACAGUACGCGUUGGGUAAUGAUAUGCAAGAUUUCAGCCAAUUGAGCAGCAAAACCGUGACGGAGGUUUUGAUGCUCGAAAUGAAAAUGUCGCCAGGAGCGAAGACAUUUUUGGUUAGCGGAUAUCCACGGAAUAUGCGAGACGUCGUUGAAUAUUCCGAAAAGAUACAAAUAGUGAACGGCGUCGUACUUGUAUCCUGGAGGCAGGAACUCCUGGAAAGACAAAUCAAUUAUGGCGCCCAAUUAGGUCAAGUAAUUUUGAGACUGGCCAGAAUGGAGCUUCAAAAUUUCUAUAGAAACGUCAUGCCGGUUGCCGAAUAUUUUGACCAGAGCGGAAUGUUAUUGGCGAUAAACGGCGAGAGAAAUCCGAGCGAAGUUUACGUCGACUUCCGAGACGCCGUGAUGAGGAUAUUAAGAGUGCCAGAAGAAAAUCCGAAAUCGGAAGUUCCACAAUCAGUGGAAGCAGAAGUGCAAGUGGAAAGAACGACGGUCCCAGUUUCACCGCCGGCGAAACAAAUAGUCGUAGCAGAAAUUACGCCACCGUCACCAGCUGAUAACGUGCAUCCAUCAAAGACAGCAGAUAAGCCCAGAAAAGGGAUUCCCUUAUUCAUAUGGGUGAUAGGUGGUCCCGGAAGCAACAAGGCAACACUAUGCACCCAGGCAGUCAGAAAUAUCCCAGGGUGGGUUCACGUUAGCAUAGGUGGAUUGCUGCGCAAUAUGGCCUCCUCGAAUCCGGUGGUAAACGAGGCGAUAGUUUCCGGUGGAAUGGUCCCUCAAGACGUGGCAAUGCAACUGGUGGAACAGCAGGUGAUUCUGAAUCGCGACACGGACGGCAUACUCUUGGAUGGAUUCCCUAGAGACAUUAACCAAGUUCAGGAGUUCGAGAACAAGUUUGGACAAAAACCGCCAUUGGUGCUGUUGGAUUGUUCCAAACUUCAGUUGGGUCGAGGCAGACCGGACGAUAACGUAACUUCGUUUAGAAGAAGACUGGAGCUCUUUCGUGAAAUCUCCCUGCCAAUGUUGAAAGCUCUCGACAAUGAUAAUCGAUUGACAAUCAUCGACGGUGACACGGACGUCCCGAGUGUGCAGCAGGAUUUUGCAGCAGCGCUGUACCAACUGCAACGCGGUUUACGAAUCAUGGAAGAAGGGAAUCCCAGAUUACCGGGUGUUACUCGUAACAACGACGGGAGGCACCCAAACUCCUUGGCCUCCGUUAACAUCAACGGAGGCCGAAAGAUAAUAGGAUCAGGAAAAAAGAAACAAAGUGCCACAAGAAGUGCCGACAGAGGCGUUGGGGCAUUGGCCACCCAAGUGGACAAGAUGGCGAACACGAUGGCGCAAAAUUUCGCGCGCAACAAGUCCCAUCGCGAAGAUGACGCCAAUCCUCCUAGGAACUCUUUAAUCAAUGGCACCAUAUCUAACGCAGUUAACAGCAUCGACUCCAUCUCGAGGAAGGUUCAGGACGUAACCGACCAGAAAGUUACGCAAAUGGCGAACGGGGGCACCAGGAUAGCGAACGGCGUCCUGACCAACGCCAAACCAACCCUGGGCAAUGGCGUGGUUCGCCAAAGUGAUAAUGUUUCUUUAUAUCAGAACGGCAUAGCUAACGGGGCGGCCCACGUUCUCCAAAAUGGCGUCGCACACCUCACGAAUGGGAUCCCCGGUAACAAAAUCGCACCGGAGAUCGGGAAACGCUCGAAGAAUCUGACUAAAGAUCCGUUAACGAGGAUGAUCAACGAGGUUGAAAGCUAUCAGCAUGAUCUUCAUAUUUAAAUAGUUAACUGCGUCCGACGCGUAUACACGUCGGUAACAAGUAACUUUAAGUAAAUUUCGCAGUUAACACGUUAAGGGAUUUGCAAUUCCCUGGGAAGGGUUAGCACUUGUCUGAAUUGAAGCGGUUACAACCGAAGAGAAUUAUAGAUUAGAAUAAUCUAAUAAAAUAAAAAAAAAAGUAAGUGGAACUGCAAAUGCUAAUAGAGGAGUAGUUAAGGUGGUGCUAAUUGGAAGUAUUCUCACUAGAGCGACAUUAAACCCUAUUUCCCCUAAGAUUUGUCCGUAACUUUUGUAAAAGUAUUCCCUUUAAGCAAAUUACUUAUUAGUCUUGAUUAGUAAUUAAUAAGAAGCGGGCCAAAAGUGUAAAUACAUUUACACUUUUCUAGUUGAAUAACAUUCGGAAAAAUCUCAGUGGAAUACUAAGUACUCUCGUAGAAUAGGGGAUUAACUCGAUAAAAGUGUACAAUGAAAAUUGUUGCAAUAGUUCACUAGUGAUAAAUGAUGUUUGGAAUACACGAGUAAUGUAAUCGAUUGAUCAUCGGUUAUAAUUAUAGAUCACGAUGAUCCUCAAUUUUUCGAUAUGACUGACAACGCAUUACGGUUUACAAGAACAAAUUCGAUUACGUUAACUAUGAAAAUGUAAUUAAACAAGUUUACGUGUCAUGGCGUAUAUUGGUUGUUAUCAUUGUCCAGAAAUUACUUUGCGCCGUUCAUGAACAAAUAUCCUAUAAUGAGCAAAUAACUAUCUUGGAAGUUUGAACAUUUUUGUAUAGUUUACGAUAUAUUACAUUUUUAUGAAUAUAUUGUGCAGUUACAACAUAUUCAUUAAUGAUCAUUUAUUACAAAGCCGUAUAUUUUAUUACGUCCGUUACCAGAGAAUUUCUAUAUAUUAGUGUUAUACGAUUAAAAGUGUAUAAAAUAUUAUUAAACCAUGAAUUUA